UAAGGAUAAAUUAGUAUAUAAAGAAACCCGUAAGUAUUUUUUCAUAUUAAAAGUUAUGUAUAAUUGUAAACUCAUUUAGAAAAGUUUUAGUUUAUUGAAGUGAUUUCAAAAAAGUUUCCAGUCAAAAUGGUCAACUCAAUUCUUAAAUUUGUUGCGAUGAUGGUUUUCUGUCAAUUAGCUGUAUCAGCUUUACGUGAAGAAGAUUUCAGAAAAAGUUUGGAUGGCAAUUACCCUGAGAAGUUUUUGUACCAACUGUUAAAUAAUCAGAUAAAACACCGUGCUGGUUAUCUGACCCAAAUCUCAGGACAAACCAGUUUCACCAAGGUAGAGACUUCAUUUCUGAACGCAACUUUUGGAUCCCUAGAAUUAUUGACCAAUUUGAUGACCAAUAUUCGUUCAUCAUUACAACCCACUCUUAGGUACAAAGCUUAUGAUAGUUUAUCAAAAAUUUACGGUGCAGUAGUUAAAAGAUUCAACGAUCAGUUCAUUUCACAAUAUAAAAGUAUCGUAGAAAUUGAUUAUCUCAAUCCGGUCAUAUUAUCUGAACAGCUUAAAAAUAAGUCUGAAACCGUUGAGUCGGUUAAGCAAAAUGCUUUACGUCUUAUUGAUGCUUAUUCUUAUGAUGUCGAUUUCAUGUCUAAAUAUGAUACAUCUGAUAUUUAUCAAACUAAAUUAUUCAAAUUUUGUUUGAAAAAUUUAAGUUCACUUCGGAAAGAAAUCGAAAGUCUCAACUCACCCUCUGGCGAUUCAUCGACACUGACAUUGGAAAUAUUUCUUCGAAGAUUCGAUUUCAUAUUGGGUUUUGUUGCUGGUGGACUUUAAAUUUCAUUGAUAUAAAUUGAAUCCAAUGUUUUUACAAUCAUAACAUUCUAAUCUUAUCUUUGAUUUUUCAUCAUGAUAAUCAAUAGAAUUUCCUCUUGAAAUAAAAAUACGAUACUUAA